AGCGGCAGUUGCUAUAGUAAACAAAAUGGCGGGCUGGAGAAAUGUAAAAAAUACAAAAGAGUUUGUCUUCAUUUUGUCAUAAAAGAUCGCAUGGAAUGAACUUAAUUUGUAAAAUCUACAGUACCUAAGCAUCAUAGUUCAUGACGGACAACUUUUAAAGGUUUCAUUAACUUAUUGAUCAAAGCAGAAUGAAAAACGACCAACAAGCCGUCACUCGACUACUACAGACAUGGGACAGAGGAUCCAAGAGCACAAGAGCAAAGAUUCUUCAAGAAUUCAUACAAGAAAACACAAACAAAACUGGUCCUGAAUUGGAGCUCGAGUUUGCUCAUGCAGCGAGUUUGUUUUUGACAAGACUUACAGCAUGGCUAAGAUUAACAUAUAUGAUGGGGACACAUGUACAGCUACAACUGAAAGCCAUCACUAUAUUUGUUGGAUCUUCAAGCGGACAUAAAUUUUUAGCUGAAUUUCUCGAAGUUGGUGGCGUUCUUACUGUAUUAGAGAUACUGGGACUAAAACAAGCAAAAGAGGAAGAUAAAGCUCAAGCUCUUAAACUGCUUAUGCAUGUGGUCAGUGCUGGCCGUAGAUAUAAAGAAUUGGUUUGUGAAAGUUUUGGAAUAAGAGCAGUUGCUGAAUGUUUGGCCAAAUCAAACUCUGAAGAAACACAAGACCUGGCAAGAAAUCUUCUUCAUCAGCUAUCAAAUGGUAACCCUAAAUAUGAGGUUCAGGUGUACAAGGCAUUGAUAGCACUUCUAAAGGCUGCCUCACCAAAAGCACAACAAAUGGCAGCACAGACACUCAGAAUUAUCCAGCCUGUUAUAGGUGCAGCAAAUCCAACGAUAGUAGAUCCAGUACUGAUACUACUGAAGUCUCUACACUUGGAAGUACAAUACGAAGCAUGUGAGCUUAUCAAAGACCUGAUGAAAUACAGUGUCAGGAAUGCCUUACUCAAAGGACUGGUAUCAUUAUUAAAGCCAACGAAAGAUGAAAUCCAAGAAAGUGCUGAUUCUAUCAUUGCUGAUCCAGAUGUCCCUCAACUCCAGGCUCCACUUCCUGUUUAUGUCCAACAAGCUGCCGCUGCUAAAAUGAUUGGAAUACUGGCAAAGGAGUCACCAGAAAUCUCUGAAAGCCUUGUUCAGCUCCGUGCUGUCCACGGGCUCCUUUUUGCAAUGGGUAACACUCUUUAUGCCGAUAGUCAAAGACAAGCAGGAAUCACAUUAGAGUUUUUUGUUCGUUCUUAUCAUCUUGUCAAUGACCGUGUCAAAGAAGCUUUGGGAGACAAAUUCUAUGAAGAAUUCAUGCUACAGCCUGAUAACAUGUUUGUAAACAUGACGUCCAUUCAAGCCGAUGUCCUUGUAUCAAACAAAGUAAACAUACCCGGCGUCAUGGAUGUGCAAGAAUAGCAGUAACGAUCUGUUUUAAAAAUUUGUAAUUCAUAUGUAAAUAAAUGCAGUCAUGUCGUGUUCAAUAAAAUGUUAAAAGAGUGCUGAUUAGAAAGCAAUC